AUGAAUGCGCUUCUAUCCAUAUUUUCGCCGCUCAAAGAGACGGUCAACUCGCGGAAUGGCCGGGCUCUUGACCGCCUCGCGGGCAUCGCCACACCACACAAGCGCGCGGGGCGCAUGCCGAGGAAAUCGGUGUCGUUUGACAUGACUCCCAAGGCGCAUCUCAAGCACUCGCCGCCCCAUCUGGGUCGCACACCGCUGGUGCGGAAGCGACGCGAGCCACCCACUCAACUCGACGCGGACGAGGAACCCGAAGAUGACAACCACACGGAUAGUGGCCCGGAGCCCGAGCCGACAGGCGUGGACAAGUCUAUCACGGAGAUUGCGGGUCCUUCCGAACCCGAAGUCGAACCCUCAGAGCCUACAGAGCCCGUCGACGAAGCGACCCAUCCCGCCGCCGCCGACAACUUGGUCGACGCCACGGAUAGCGAAUUUGGCUUUACGGCGUUUGUCGACCACAAGUGGGACGGCGACGCCAUGAAGAUCCAGGUCGAGUGGGACGGGGGGCAGCGCACGUGGGAGCCCGAGGCGAUGCUGCACGACGACGCGCCGGCGGCGCUGCUCGAGUACUGGCGGCGGCAGCCGGGUGGGCGACCCGACAACCCGCGGCAGCCGGGGCUGUACGAGAUCCACGCCAUCCGAAAGCACAGUCGCGACCGCAAGCGGCUGUUUGUCGAAUGGGUCGGGUACGGGCCCGCGGAGAACACGUGGGAGCCUCGGGCAGUCGUGGCUGACGCGGCGCCGGAGAUUCUGAGUAGCUACUUUGAUAGCUUGCCGCGGCCGAAGCGGCGUCGCGUGCGGUAG